UGUCUCUUCUCAGCCUAAGGCUAUGUCGUAAAUCGUCUUUGUGUCCUCUCAAAUGAUUGGCAUGUUAUGAUUUUUAUUAGCUAGCCGUCCACUAGUAGUACCCGCUAUCUUGUUGAAAACGCCGGAUAGCAAGCCGAACAGCAUAAAACUUUACUGCUGUCCACAGCGCUCUCUGGUAUUCAUUAGAAGAAGUGCUUCCAAUGUGUGUGAAGUAGGAUGCUUACAACCUUGAUAUACGUGAGUAUACCUCACUGGGUUUCAAGUAGAAUUCAUGAAAAUCACCAAUAGAUACGUAAUAGCUUUGGGUUACAGAAGGCGUGCGAGGGAAAGUCUACGCGUGCUGUAAGGAGGGAAGAACGGGCGGCUGUCGGCGAUGCAUUCGCCGAACAGCUCGAGCUUCGGAGGCAGCAAGCUUGUCAGGCCUAAUGUUGUAGUUCCGGUGGCUUCUGGUGAUGCGGAUCAGGAAGCCGCGGAGGGAGGCGCAUCACCCUUCGCAUCCACGCGGCAGGGGUAUUCUGCGAAUGGAAAACAGCUUCCAACGGGCGACACAGGGGAGGGCUCCUCGCCAACUGCUUUCACCUAUGACGAUGGGCCAGUGGAACAAAGGACAAGGAGCGAUGCAUCCAACUAUGGCAAGCAGCAAAGCAAGCUGACGGCCCAUCUCGUGGCCAAGUCGAUACGUCGUCCAUCACAUUUAAAGACGUCUCUGUCACAACAAAUUGAGGAUCAGGGGUCGAAUGAGGAAGCUGGGCCCUGGGGAGCAUUGCAGGAGAACGCAGAGCCGCCCAGUCGUUGGGCGAGAGUCAAGCAGCGCCUGCUGCGGCUUCGACAUUCGCUGCUGAUCCGCCCCAGCAGUGUCAGGCUGCAGUACUGGUUCUAUCUCAACGUUACCAUGGCGUUGCUGAGUGGCUGGGUGAUUCCCUACCAUUUCGCCUUUAAGGAGGCUGGCGGUACACUCCAGCCCUAUACUGACUGGCUAGCAUUUAUUGAGUACUUCAGUACGGCAAUCUUUUUUCUUGACUUCCUGGCCAAGUUUAAUUUGGCGUACGUGGACCCGGAGUCGGGUGAUCUCGUCACCAACCGGCCCUCCAUCGCACGCAAUUACGUCAAAAGCUGGCAGUUUGCUAUGGAUUUGGCGGGCUGGUUUCCCCUGGACUGGAUCUUAAUAGAGUCAGCGGAGGCUCGUGGCACCGACGACCGCACACUGACGGGUCUAGCUUGGCUGAAGUUGCUACACCUGGCGCGGCUCUACCGUGUCUUCGAGCUCUUUUCGGACCUGGACUACCGCAUGGUGUUUUCCCAGGGCACGCUGAUGCUUACGCGCAACUACACCUACGUCUUCUACACCACACACUGGGCCUCCUGCAUGAUGUACCACAUCGCCCACCAGGAGGGUUUCUCACCAGAGUCCUGGGUGGGGCGCAACCGGGAGCGCUUCGUGGGGCACCCCGACUACGAAAAGUACCUGUUGUCCCUGUACCUCAGCGUCAGCGUGUUUACCGGACUGGGAGAUGGGGCGCUGUUUGCAUCCACGGUGGGCGAGGCGGCGUUCAUGGUGAUCUACCUCCUGUUCAACCUCUUCCUGGGCGCCUACAUUUUGGGCACGGUCACCAUGCUGGUGGUGAAGGGCGAUGAGCGCAGCAAGCAGUUCCGCGAGCGCAUGAGCAGCCUCAACGAGUUCAGCCAAACAAACGACCUGCCGGAGCGCCUGCAUUCCGCCAUGCAGGAACACCUGGAGGUCACCUUCAACACCGAACAGGUGGACGACGAGCACGUGCUGGGCAUCUACCCCGCCACCAUCCGCCGCAAGGUGCUGCGCCACCUCUACCUGCAAUCCGUCCGCAGCUGCUACCUGUUCAAGGGCUGCAAGCAGCGCUUCCUGGACGCGCUGCUCACCGCUGCUCGCGUGGAGCUGUUCAUGCCGGGGGUUCAGAUCAUGGUUGAAGGGGACAACGUGACGGAGUUGAACAUCAUCGUGUCUGGAGAUGUGAUGGUGGCGGAAGCGGGCAUCAACCUGAGUGCGGCGUUCAGCCAGUAUGCGACCGAGGCCUCGGCGCAUGCUGUGGGGGGUCGCACCUGGGCGAGCAGUGAUGGUAGUGUGAAUCGAGGCAGCGUGAGCCUGACCAAGGCGGCUAGCUUGAGCCGUUCCGCAAGUGCCCGGACGAUGAGCGCAGGAAGCAUGAAAGGAGCAGACGCGUCCAUCCACAGCGCCUUCACCGAGAUGGCGGCGGGCAAGCAGGUGAUGAACAGGUCCAGCAGCGAUGCGCUGGCGGAGGUGCCCUUCUUCACAGAUGUGCCCUCCAACGAAACCAUCGUGUCGCAGAGCGUGCUGCGCGUGCUGAGCCUCCCCAAGCACUCCUGGGAGCUGCUGAUGCAGCAGUUCCCGCAGCAAACGCGGCUGGUGCUGACCAACCUGCAGAGCCUCACAGAGCUAGACAUGGCGCAGGAGGUACACGAGGUGUGCGACGCCUCGGGCAUGACUGAGGAGGAGCUGAAGGUCGCGUUGCAACAUGUGCGGGACAAGAACGGCGCGGGGUCGCCGCUAGUCACCCGGCUAAGAGAGUCGCUGACUCAGUCCCAGAUCGACCAUGUCCUGCGGCUGGACGACGUACGUGCCGUAGUGCGAGCGCACGUGCGCAAGGUGGACCAGAUCCGCACCUUUGAGUUCCUAGGCUGUGCCUCUGACGGCGACGUGGAGACGCUGCGCAACAUGCUGAACCAGGGCAUGAGCCCCAACUCGGCGGACUAUGACGGGCGCACGGGGCUGAUGCUGGCAGCCUCGGGAGGCCAUGAGGCUGUGGUGCGGCUGCUGCUAGACAGCGGGGCAAAGAGCGACCAACUUGACGCGUUCGGCAACUCGGCCAUGUGUGAGGCCGUCAAGAACUCCCACGACAAUGUCAUCGACCUGCUGCUCAGCUACGGCGCAUCGCUGGGAAUGGACGCCAUGGCCGUCGCAAGUGUCAUGUGUACGGCGGUGUUCGAGGGCGACCUGGUCAAGCUGCGCCGGCUGCUGCGCUCCGGUGCGCCGCCGGACGCCUGCGACUACGACCGCCGCUCAGCGCUGCACAUUGCCGGCGCGGAGGGCAACCUGGCUGCGGUGAAGCUUCUGGUUGAGGAGGGCGGUGCCGACCCUAACUUUCAGGACCGCUGGGGCAACACGGCACUUGAUGAGGCACGCAGAGUGGGCGCCGCACCUGUGGUAGCGUACUUGGAAGGGCUGAUGGGGAACGAGCAGCUGGCUGGCUCGGGUCAGAGGUACCGGCAACAGCUGGCCACGGACUUCCUGGCAGCCUGUGGCACGGGGGAUGCGGAGCGAGCGCGGUUCAUCCUGCACCAUGGCUCCCCUGGAUGCGUGUUCUCCGGCCUGGUGCUGGCAGCGUCGAAAGGGCAUAGGUCUGUUGUGGACACGCUGGUAGUGUGGAUGCCCGCGGACCUGCUGCUCUCCGACGGCCACGUGGCGCUUGUUGAGGCGGCACGCAUGGGCCAUUCCGCUGUUGUGCUGACGCUCCGCUCAGGCGGCGUGACGCUGCCCGACCCACGGGACGCGACGCUGCUGACGCACCUGCGCAACGCAGUCAAUACCGUGGAGCUGCGCAUCGUGGCGGCGCUGCUGGCGGCGGGGGUGGACGCGACGGGGGCGGUGAACGCGGGAGGCAGUCUGCUGCACCCGGCGGCGAUGAAGGGCUCCCUGGAGCUGGUGCGCCGCCUAGUGGAGGACGGCUGUGUGCGGCCUGAUGCUGAGGACUCCACCGGCAAGUCCGCUGCCGUGGCCGCGGAGGCCGUAAAGCAACCCCACGUGGUCGACUAUCUGCGCUGGGCCGCCACCUUCAUCUCCUCGCCAGCUGCCACGCAGCAGGGGCUGGUGGCAGCGGCUGCCGCACGGUUUGGAGCUCUGCCGGACUACAGCUCGCCGCACUCCGAGGCGGAUGGAGGCCACAAAGGGGGAGACAGCGUGACACCGCCCAAGACACCCAUGUCUGAGGUCUUCGAGGACGAUGUACCGCAGCUGAUUGCCCACAUGACGCCCCUGCCCGAGCCGCCUGGCAUGGGCGGCCUGCACCUCCACCAUGGCGGCGCCACCCACACACCCGAGCCGCUGGUCCACAACUCCUCCAUGCCCAAGCUGGGCAGCAUGGGCUCGCUGCCCCGGAAUAUUACCGAUCAUGUCCAGCAUCCGCAUUUGCAGCAGCUGCUGGCGGACGCCAAAGCGCAUCGCCACGCCAGCCUGACCGGCUUCCUGCACAGUCACAUGCCGGUUCCAGGCGAGGAGGCCAGCGGCGGCACCAGCGGCGGCACCCACCACAAGUCCAGCAUCUCGGGUUACAUGGGCGGAAGUGCGCACUACAACCUCUCCAGUCUGGGCCAUGCUGGCAGCAGCGCGCACCACCACUUCCCCGGCGGCAGCGCUCACUUCCCCCACAUGCCACAAGUGGGCCACAUGGCAGGCGGCGGCAGCAACCACGGCAGCGCACGCUACAUGCUACCUGCUGCCGGGGGCGGUUACUCGGGCGGCAGCGCCCGCUUCCGCCUGCCGGCUAGCACCAGCAACCUAGGCAGCGCUGCUUACCGGCUGAUGAGCAACCUGGACGUGGGCGGUAGACCUGCUGCUGUGGCCGCUGCUGGCAGCGGUGGCUCGAUGCAGCACAUGACGCACCCGCGCGUUCCUUCCAACCUAAACCCUAAAACACAUCAAGAGACGGAGCGUGUUGUGACGGCAGGGGAUGCCGCGGGCGCGGAUGACGAUCCGGCUCCACCGCCGCCGCCGCUACAGGCAGCAGCGGUGGCGGCGCCGCCGGCACGGACGGGCAGCGGCACGCCACCUCGCAAGCAGGGAAGUGACGUGGCACUGGCGGCGCAUGCAGCACCGAAGCUGCAGGAGCCGCAGCCACAACCACAGCCGCAGCAGCGGUUCAAUGGCGAUGGGAACUCUCCGCAACGGUCGUCAGCUGCGGCCGCCGGGAUGGUGGGAGACGGCAGCUCGCUAUCCAAUGUGCCCAAUGGAGGUCGGGUUGCCGCUGUCCCCACGGUGCCACCUACUGACGGACAACAGCAACAGCAAACCGGCAGUGUUGCCAGCGGUGCCGCUGUGUUGAACCCCGCUGCCGCAAGCAGUAGCGGCGUCUACAGCAGCAACAACAACAAUAAUCCCAGCAACAAUCCCAGUAACAAUCCCAGCCGCAGCCACCGCGGUGCUCCUGAGACGAAGCCGAAUGCCGCGUUGACUGAUGACGUGGACGCACUGGAAUCCUACCUGUCAAUGACACCGCGGCCAUUGCCCGAUCCCACGGAACCUUCGCAAACCAUGGGCGGGGGCGGCACAAAGGGCGGGAGCACCUCAAGUGCUGCUGCUGCGGCAGGUCACGUUCAACAAGCAAUUAGCAAUCCUCCUACUGGCAGAGCUAGGGACCGACAGUCCCGAACCAGCCUUGAAAGCGAUCUUAUUGCCCUGUCCCCUUAUGCGAAGCGGUAAGCGUGUCGGUGAGAAGCGUUCUGUUGGUUUUUAUAAAAAAAAAUUCUUCCAAACCUACUUGUUGGGAGUUGCUAGGUCCUUAGGGUCUGUUAUUCACGGGAGUCUAUAGGGAGCAGGCUUGGCUGGGUAAGAUGGCUGUACUAGCGACAAUAGAUGGUGGUUCGUCAUAUCAUUUCAUGGCGGCGGCGGUGAUGGUCAAGAUGACGUAAUCUUCACUGGUGCUAUUUCAGAUCUAUACUCUCAGCGGCAGGUCACUCCGCAGCUUGCUUCUAGCUGUCGGCAGGCUUGGCAAGCUCGAAUUCAGUCACCUCGAUUGGUUGUGACCAUUUAUCGUUUUCGCUUGUGGAGCUGGGGCAAUGUCUAGGCCGGCUACCACUGCGCUAUUGCCUGCGCUUUCAAGGCCACCAUGAGAUGAAGAAAUGGGGUUUGCUGGACUCUUUCGCAAAUCCGAAGUGCACGCACGCCCCGUGUUGCUAAUAACUCUAAUGCCGUUGAAGGGAGGUUCGUUAGAGAAGGAAGCAAGGACAUGCUGUGAUGCGUUUGCGGUGGGUGGCGAGCACUGUAAGAACUGUUGCUGUCGCCCUUUGCAUGAGUGACUCGGUGAGGAGGUCUGGUGCUGGGUACCGGUAUUGAAUGCGUGGGAGCAUCAGUGUUUGGCCGGGUGUCAACAUGUAUGCGGCGCUGUGAUCAGUAGGCGUCUACGCAUGACCUAUGUGUUUACGGUGCCGUGUGGGCUGGGCAACACAUGUGUGUGGUAUGUCCCAUCCAACACGCGGUGUAUGUUAAUCACAAACUGGCCGCGGUGUGCGUCUAAGUGAAUUGUGACGUCUUACACUUAAUGUGUGCAAUGACGUGCAGGUAGCUAAAUGCUGGCAACAGUGUCUACCUGUGCUCGUAAGGUUGAGUGAUGACGAGGUUUGUACUACAACCGUGCCUGCCUGCUCUUCUUGUUGUCGUUUCGAUAUUGUUGCAAGGAUUAGCGAUGUAAGUUAACGGCGUAUGCGACUGAAAACUCAAUUCUUGCAUGUUCUUGUAUGUGCGGAAAGAUACACAACAUGACGGGAGGCUGUGAUGUUUUCGUCAGGUUUUGUCCGCUAUCUGUCGCAGUUUUGCCGUAGGGAGUCAAGCAAUGAACCAAGGGUUCUGUUCUGGACUAUGCCGUAACGCGAUUAAUUGUCUGUGGUCUGUGGCACCAAGCGUGUCUUGCUUUGCAUUGCCUUGGGAGAUCAACACUUGGCAAUCUCUGCGUGGUCUGUGAUUAGAUGUGGUUUAGGGUUUUGCCGUGCAAUGCAGCUGUGUGGAAAGCUGUACGGAGGGCUAGAUCCCCGCGAGCAUCUUUCUUUUUCUCCUGUUAGUUUUCCUUGGGAAAGUGUGCUCAUGCCUUCGGCAUAUAUACGACGAUUUGUAGCCAAAGAUAACUUCCAGGUACAAUUGCGCAUGGGACUUUUGUUAGCAUGCCCAUUACGCCCUUCUCAGUAACUGUGGCGGGACAGUUGUAAGGACGCUUAGGCGGUAAUUGGAUUAUUAGGUUUGUUACUUAGUGCUGGUAGGCUGGUACGUUUUAACUUGUAAGACCAC